ACGCUUCGGCAUGAAUGAGCUGGCGCUACCGGAGUGAUACCACGGCCUCAAAGAAGAUCGGCGUGAAACAACGCUUGUAUUUCAUUCGUAGUUUUCAAGUUAUAAAUAAUGUUUUUAAUUAUUUCUUUCGUAUUUUUUAUUUUUUUUUUUUUAUAAAACAUUGCCCCACGCUAGGCGUUUUCUCCUGUGUCGUAGGUGCGUAAAAACAUACAAGUUCACAUACACAUGACACCCAGACCCGAAACAACAAUUAAUUUGUGGAUCACACAAAGUGUUGUUCCGAGCGGGAAUCGAACCCGCGACAUGUUGCACGGCAGCUGGUUGCCCAGCCACCGCACCAACCGUGCAGUCAG